CGUCGAUGGAGAUUCAAGGCACUUCAACAACUAACACCUCCGCCGCAUCUCAUGGCUUAUAAAGAUCCUUAUUGUCAUAUGUUUAUGGUGCUUCGGGCAGGGCCUUUAUGCCUUAGACAUUGCUAGAUAUUGACCUCUGCUCAUGCCGCAACGACGCCUGUUCGCAUACCCACCCGCAACCCCUACGAUAUUUCCUGAAACCCUGUCUCUACUGCGAUUCCAGGGCUCACACCGAGAUCACUAGUUGUGGCAUCCAUGCACAUACCUAACUCUCCUACCACAGCUGAUCACCAUCAGUUGCACCCCUUCAUCUUCCUUCUCAAGUCCGGGGGAGCGCAUCCUGGGGACGAUGAGCAGUUGCAACAACGGUGGUCGUCAUUGAUUGGAAUCAUAACAGCAAUUGUCGGAAACUUGCUUAUAUCAUUUGCACUCAAUACGCAGAGAUAUGCACAUAUCCUUAUAGACCGACAGUGCAGACAAGGAAAGAGUCAAUCUGAAAAUGGUGUAUUUUUGCGGAAGCCCAUUGGAUAUGGCUCUGCCACGCAAGGAGAUGCUGCGGCAGCACGGGAAAGGAGCGACAUCGUUAAAAUCGCAAGUGGCGGUGCUGCACGCAGUGGCUCCAUUAGUCCCUCAACGGACGGGUCAUUACAUGUUCCGGAUGACGUGCGGAAGCGACAAGAUCGUCAUGAGAAAGGCUCCGCGGAGGACCAGGACCGACCAUCAUAUCUGAAAUCGCCGUACUGGUGGCUAGGCCUGGUGUUGAUGGUCAUCGGAGAGGCCGGGAACUUCCUCGCCUACGGAUUCGCGCCUGCACAUAUCGUCAGUCCUUUGGGAGUGGUGGCGCUGAUAUCGAAUUGUCUAAUUGCUCCUUUGAUGCUCCACGAGCGCUUCAGAAAGCGCGAUGCUUGGGGAGUCCUUAUAGCCAUCGCUGGCGCUGUCACGGUUGUACUGUCUGCGCAAACUAGUGAAGGAAAGUUUGGACCUGGAGAACUAUGGAGGAGCAUCAAGAGAUGGGAAUUCCUCCUUUACGUCCUCAUCACCUUGUUACUCAUUGGUGUUCUUAUGUACGUGGAACCACAAUAUGGUCGGAAGACCAUCCUCCUCGAUCUUGGGCUGGUGGGCUUGUUUGGAGGCUAUACCGUCCUAUCGACAAAAGGGGUUUCAUCGCUUUUGUCAGCAUCGCUUUGGAAAGCAUUUACCUAUCCCAUCACCUACUGCCUGGCCCUUAUUCUGGUUGGAUCGGCACUCAUGCAAAUUCGGUAUCUGAAUCGAGCCUUACAAAACUACGACUCAACGCAGGUGAUACCAACACAGUUUGUGCUUUUCACACUCUCAGUCAUUCUUGGAUCGGCGGUGCUGUACCGGGAUUUUGAACAUACUACCGUGGAACAGGCGGUGAAAUUCAUCCUUGGAUGUUUGUUGACGUUCUUCGGGGUGUAUUUGAUCACCAGCGGUCGAGAAGAGCAGACGGAUUCCGAUGAACUAGAAGACCACGAAGGGGACGAGACAAUUAGACUGCUCGACGAAGAAAACGAGGAUAUAGAUGUUCACACCUUCUAUCCAGGAGAAGUAGGAGACACAAGUGCCUCUCGAAGCACCGAACGGCUGAAAACAUCCCAUGAUGAGCAGGACGAACUAGAGGAUCCAGACGGCCUAUUGACACCUCGUCGCGUUUCAACGUCGUCCUCAGUUCCUUCCAUUGCAGUGACGCCGGCCGAAUCCACUGACCUCUUGAGUGUCAACCCUUGGGCAUCCUCCACCCUGGGGGAGGACACACCUGCGGCGGCUCCUCAGACUCCCCAGCUUGGGGCCCUCCAGCAAUCUGAUUCGGGGUCAGGUUCAACGUCGUUCUUCACGCCCGCCACGUCAAAACCAGGAGGCCGUACGCGCUCAGUCCCGGCCAACCUGGAGUCUUCCACCAUACAAAGCAUACCCCAGCUUCCCGCUGCCGUCAGCCCCACCGGUUUCGGCUCAGACGAGGCAUCUCCGGCGGCACUAGGGUUCCUGACACGCUCCGCUCGCGGAAGUAUCUCACGGCUUCUGCCGGUGCCUGGCCCCCUUCUCCCACCUUUAUCCUCGUCCCUUAGCGCGUUGGUCGCAGAUUCACUGCUCAAGGGUGAAGGAGCGUCUCCAUCCGCACGAGCUGCGAGCCGCCGCUCACGAUCUGUCCACCAUGCGCAUGAGGACGGUCGGCGGAGGGGUAUCGUCCCUGUCACAGACGAGGAGAACCCGCUGGGCCUGGAUGACGCCGAUCUCAGCCGUGCAACUACCCAGGAGACUAUCCCUACCCCAGGCUCACACAGAUAUGACAACAAUGAGGGAGACCAGCAGUAUCGCCAGACUAUAAGGGAGCGGCUGCCUAAUCUCCGGGCUCUCAGUGAGACCAUUUCGGGGAUCAUAGGACGUCCAAAGCCCAGAGGUGGCGGGAAGAGUAGAGAUGUCUUUGAUGACCAGCCAUGAGAAAAGAGUGGCCGCCACUGCCACUGCCUUUGAGUGUCUCUCUGCACCCCUAUUCCUUGUCUGAGAACAACCACUUGUCCACCUAGCAAGCCUUCUUUUUACAUUCUAGAGCAGCAGUCGCGAUGAAAAGCGGUGUCAAUUAAUAUGUAAUUCUCUUUAGAUUCAGUCACUUGUUCCAUUUACAUGCAAGAAUAUACGUAGUAUAAUGCAUGCAAGACAUCCACGUGUAUCUGGGAUAUCAUAUCAAUGACUGUGCUGAGAGGGACCUUUGUUGUUGGUGAAGGCCCAAACAAGGCAUUAAGGGCCUGCUCUGGCA